UAUAAAAAUCUGGAAUUGCGGAGGCAAUCGUAGAUCUGUUGCCUCAACAAUACAUUAGCCUGCGAGACGUAAACGGAACGGAAAGAGGGAUCGCCUGCGCCCGUUCUUCUUCGGCUUGGUUGUGGAUUCGCGGCUCUCGGAUCUCGCCUUAACCAUGACUACAUCAAGGCGUCUCGCAGACAGGAAGGUGGACAGGUUCGAAAAGAAUAUUAAGAAGAGAGGAGCUGUGCCUGAAACAACCACCAAGAAAGGAAAGGACUAUCCCGUCGGUCCACUGCUGAUUGGGUUCUUCAUUUUUGUCGUGAUCGGCUCAUCUCUUUUCCAGAUAAUCAGGACUGCAACGAGCGGAGGAAUGGCAUAAACUUGGAGUGAUGGAGACAGUAAUGUCAUCCUCUUAGUCCGUAGGAAACAGAGAAAUGGAAACCUUUAUCCGGCUUGUUGUCAUUGUCAUGGUGUGAAUUCUGGAUUUGAAUAUAACAUGAUCGUUUAUUCA